AUGUCUUCGCCCUCCCUCGAUACAACGAGCGUCUAUACCAACGACGAAGGAAGUGACUUACUCCCGCGUGCCGCCAGCUACACCGACCUCCCCAAUCAGGUAGAUGCAGAUACAGGCUCACCGAGCCUACGAAGAACGUUCUCCGAUUAUGCCGUCCCUACACAAGCCGAAUCGCCGACGAAGCCCACCAAAGAAAGUGUAGCUGCUGGGAAAGAUAUCUUACGCCGGACAUCCCUGCGAUCUAAAAAUAAAACCUCCGCCGCCGUCACCCACUUUACACUGUCAUCGUCAGAGGACUUGAAGGAUUUAGACCAGAAUGCUGGAGCAAAAUUACCGGAACACAGGGCACCGGAGCCUGCUGCUCGACCGUCGAAGAGCCGCUCAAUGUCAGGCCGGAUAGUCAGUCUUGCGCGCAAACCAUUCGGAUCCUCGUCGAGAUCACCGUCUCCUUCCACGGCGAAAAGGGUAAAGCAGAGAGCAGAGGAGUCUCCAACGAGAACAGGAGGGCGCAAAAACGAGUCGGAUUCGGAUUCAGGACAACCGACGCGUAGGCGGACAAUCCUGUAUAAGCGGCCGCGUCGUCCUAUGCUUGCGGUGGUGGCCAAAGGGCACGAGGAUUCUCCUGGAUCACCAAGUAGUCCGUCUAGCAAUAGUCCUGGCAACUCUUUGCUACGACACCGGACUUCUUUUGAUAAAUUCACUGCUUCCCUCUCUGUAUCGACGCCAGUCCUUCCUCCAAUGCCCAAAGGGGCCGCUGCUACGGCCGCUUCGUUUCAAAAUACUGCUCCCGAGCAAUCGCGGAAGAAAGAUGAACUUUGGGGGAUUUUUCGUGGUCUUGAAGCGGACUACCAAAAGUUUCAAUCUAAGUCAACUUCGCUCAAGGCAAACGUGAUUCGUUCUUCGCUCCUCCCCUUCCUCAGCCGCCAUCAUUUACACACCUCCUGCAAGAAGCUCAGACCUGAAGACUUGGAUCGUCGUGUGAACAUUCUCAACAAGUGGUGGAUCGGGAUGCUAGAGAUGCUAAAUGGGAAACACAAUCAGUCAAUAUCUGGAACGGACAGACCGGUGUUCUUGGAGGCAGUCGUGGGUAUCAUGACUCGACCAGAAUGGCGCAUGGCGUUCCCCACAGCUCAGCAAAGCAGUGGAGUCACAACAGAUUCAUUACAAUAUGCAUCAACUUCUGUGUCAGACACCUCCGAAGGCUCAGGCUCAUCAGGAUCGGAUUUCCUGGUCGAAUCGAUCCAUCAUAACAUUCGGAACAUUUUUGUCCAAAACCUCCUGUCUCAAAUGUCGUUUGUCGUGGAACGGAUGUCCAUGAGACAUGCACCUGCAAGUCUGGUAGCUUUCUGCGGGAAAGCUUGUGCGUAUGCCUUCUUUUUCUGCCCAGGAGUACCAGAUAUCUUGGCCCGUCUGUGGAACAUAGCUCCUGCCAUGUUCCGCCGUGUUUUUGCAGAAUCGUCCGUUUCUCGAGCUGGGUCAAUGCGCGCAUACACCCAAGAGCUCGCUCUCAGCUUCCCGGUUGCUCUUCGCCCACUAGCGUUUCACUCACAUGCACCAUUGUUGCGAUAUCUGCGAACGAAGCCAGAGGCUCCACUGAACACAGCUAAUAUUGCCUGGAACGGACCAUGGACUACACGUUGGUCUGGCCGCGAAACUGAUUUAUUCUUUGUUUUCGUUAAAUAUAUCCAUAUUCUGUAUGCGGAGUACUUGCCACCAGAGACUGAGAAAGCCAAGCGAAUUUUGGCGCCGGGCUUGCUUCUGGUUCAUGCACAGCUUCUUGUCACGUUUGAAGACACGAUCUACAAGCAGUCAGUACAACAAAUGCCCGAGAACCCAUCCACAGUGGCUGCUAUCACAUUUGACGAUUAUCUCGAAUCGCCGGAUGCUUCUGCCUCCCCUCAUCAGAUCGGAGGUGCAAGAAACAGCCACCGCUCGAUGGCAGAGAAUCGAUUAAUCAUUCUUUUGCGUGACUUGCUCUCUGAAUCAUCUGCGGAACCAAACCGUGCACGCCUUCUGUAUGCCGAGACGUUCUGUGGGCUUUUGAAGAUUGUUGCCCAAAAAAUUUCACUUUUUGACCACAAUGCAUGUUUCCUUCUGUGCGACUUUACAGAGGAAGCGAUCCCGAUUAUCACCCGAUAUGCGCAGUCAAUCGAAACGGAGCUCUUCGACUGGGCCUUUUGGUUGGACGUUUGUCGGCAGAUGAAUCAGAGCCAUAAUUCCCUGACCGAAGUGCGGGUAUUCUCGUUUAUUUACUCAGUUUGGGGGACUUGGACUGCCACCGAAGAGAGGAAAGCAAGCCUCUGUCUGGAUUUUCUCUUGCAUGAACCCGUUUUUUACCACUAUUUCAAUCACUGGAGUCCCAUGGUGCGUGCCUACUUCCACCGCCUCCUUUGCUGGAGGGUGGGCAGGUUCAGCGGGGAUCCAACGGCGCUUGACUCAAACAUAUAUGAGACUCUUUCUGAUCGUUUAUUGCGAGUUUGGGAGUACUAUAUUGGGUUCCAGUCAAAGGCAGAGGAAGGACUAACUGCACCAUUGUCAUCUGCCCCCUGCACGCCUGCUCCAGGACGAAGGAUCAUCAUUAUUCGAUGUGACAAUCAAAUCUCCCCAGUGAAUCUGUUUGUUUCGUUUGACCGCGUGGUUCCACCCAUGUCUAACGAUCAAAUCAUGACACACCGAAGAUCCAGUUCCGCGGAUUCAACAGGCUCAGAAGGUCAGACUUCCAAACGUCGGUGGGGUCUUCUUCGGUCCAUGUUUGGCAGUUCAUCGGCUAGCCGGGCCACGGACGGUAUCAGCAGCUCUGAAGAGCUCGACAAUACUGGUAUCGAUUUAACCAUGACGUCGGAGAGUAAAUGUCUGGAGGAUCAUGAGCCAACCCCAAACACCAGCUCGGAUGAUCUUGUCCGGCCAAAAACACCCCACCAGCCGUUCUUCUUCAAGUUCUCUCUCGAAUGGAUGGAUCGGCCACAGUGGCCUACAAAGAACAAGCGCCUCUUCACCCCCUGUCUGCCCGUGGCAUCUCAGAUCCAUGUGCAGCACCGACGUUCCCCGGCCAAACCUUGCGAGUUUGACGAUGAUACCGGCUCAGAAGCCGUGACGGACUCUGAAAUGACCCCCGAUGAAAACUCAUCCGACCCUCCUUUAGACGCCAAGCUACUCUCGACAGAAUCAGUUUCAGAAAUGCAGAACAGAGUGCACACUACCAAAGAUUCACCAUUGCCAGAACUGCCUUGCCAACCGGUUUACGACCAUCUGGUGCCCAGCAAAUAUGCUGGUCGUGCCCUCGCAGAAUGGGCACACAUCGUCUCCGAAUGUGACAGCUUCUUUGCACGACGACGUGACGAAGGUGUCCCAAGCGACCGCGCCGUUGAGAACCCGACCCUUGGAGUCGAAAGUUUCCGAAAGUAA